GGUUGUAGCAGUAGUAGCAGCAGUAGUAGCAGCAUUGUGAGACCGGCCAGCGAGUCAGCCUGCCGAGUGCCAUCCCUACAAAUGACAUCUUCAUAUGAAUCUGGCCUGGCAGCCGGAUGCCGGGCUCAUCUGGCUCCCCAGUCGCCACCAGCAACCGCUUCUAUCUAUAGUCUUUUUUCCACCGCUCAUGUUCACCUGGGCGGUCUAUUUUCAACCCCGGCAAUGCAGGCAUCAGCCCUGAGUCCAGCUUCGGUACCUCCAAUACAGCCGGUAGCAAAUGCUACGCCUCAUUUUUAUCCCAAUCAUCUGUACACCCAACCAGACCAGAGUGACUUGAUCCCGGAUCGAGUUCUACCGGGAUCAGCCGAAUGUGUUACCGAAGAGUCUCUGGGCCUGUUCCCGCAACUCGGCCAAGCCAUGCCCAGUCAAGGGCCCAGUUCUGCUUUCUCUCUUGUCACCGUAUCCGGCCAUCCAACCGUAUCCCAGUCUCCAGCCCUCGGGCCACCCUUGUGUCCGGACCAGACCCAAUCAGGCCUCUCCUCCAAUCCACACUUUGUCACUGCCCUCUCCUCCUUGGACCAUGAGGAGGCGUUGACUCCCAGUCUCCACGCCUCACUUUCCUCCACGCCUCAGUUGGGCUCCACUCCGUUUCGUCCAACCAAUGCCUCUUUGACAUUCAACUCUCCCUCAAGCUACUAUUGGACGGCCGUAAAGGCAACAGCAACAGUGACAGCAGCAGCAGCAGCAGCCGUGGCGGCAGCGGCGGCUGCGUCAGUCCCUGUUGCUCUUUGCGAAACGGACAAUUUGCCCACUCAGGGCCUCGACUUCGACUGGCCACCUUUGCCCAAGUCGGGGCACACUCCCGUCAUGGUAGGACUCACCGGCUGCCCUACCCGUUGUCAUGCCGACUUCUGUUUGCCCUGUUCGGGCUCCGUCAUCGCUUGGUCGGCUCCUUCACUCUCCGCCGUUGGACCCCUCACGACCGUCUCGUCGAAUUCAUCUGCUCUGACAAAUGGGCUUCAGGCUACGUCGAAUCCCUACGCCAAUUAUUCGCCUGCUCGUUUGUCAAACGUUCUGAUGUCGAUGGCCAGUGGUACAGACGACGACAAGGCAUUUUCGCCCAUUUCUCAUCAAGACGCCCGCACCGAAACAAUAUCAGAGCAAAAUAUGCCACCUACAAGACUGUUGAAUCAGCUCGGCAAUGGAGAUAUGUUUGGAAGCCCGAAUUGUCGCACUCUUGCCUGCUGCUCAGCAGAAGCUCCAGCUAUUGAAAAAGACGCCUUGGAGAUUAGCUGUUCACCUUAUCCGGUUUGUCAGUUUAGAGAUUUAUAG